AUGGCCCCCCUCCGUCCUACUCCAGACUACAUCGGCUACAGCUAUGCAGCCAUCACGUUUCUCGGCGGUCUCAUCGGCCUAAUCAAAGCCGGCUCCCUUGCCUCCCUCAUCGCCUCUUCCAUCUGCGCCUCUGCCAUCCUCUACGGCGCCAUGCAAACCUCGCGUGACCCACAAGCUGUCAAGUCCAUCUUGGUGGUGAGUGCAUUGCUCGCCGUCUUUUUCGGUCGUAAGUUUGGCAAGUCCGGUAAAGUCAUGCCUGCUGGUCUGAUGCUCGCUUUGAGUCUCGCUAGUGUUGUGUAUUACGGCAAAAGGCUGCUCUAA